CAUCUUUCUCUGAUCAUCCUUUCUGGAAAUGUAUGGCUUCCCACUCUCUGCUGCAACACUCUAAACCAUCACUAUAUAUAUACACAGAAACUGAAGUCCCCCUCACUCCAAAAUCACUCCAAAAUCUUCACUUGAAGAUCUUCUUGUAGGCAUCAGAUAUCAGAGUUAUGGGAAUUCGUCUGCCAAUAUUUAUGGCUCUUCAUGCGAACAGGAUAUUCAAGUGGCAGCAGCAUCUGCAUGACAGAAACCAUUCCAACGUUCCAAAGGGUCACGUUGCAGUGUAUGUGGGAGAGGCUCAAAAGAAGAGGUUCGUGGUUCCAAUAUCUUACUUGAACCAUCCUUCGUUUCUUGAUCUGCUGAACCGAGCGCAGGAAGAGUUUGGCUACAAUCAUCCAAUGGGAGGUCUCACCAUCCCUUGCAAAGAAGAGGCUUUCAUCUCUCUCACCUCUCAAUUACGUUCCUGAAACAUAUUUCCCUGCUUUUCACUGCUUUUCAUAUACUAACUUCACUCGUUUCACAAAUACGUCGUAAGAUGUAUUUCAUUGUAUAUACAGUUUGAUUAUAUAUAUAUAUAUGUAUUGACUGUUUCUCAGAAUCAACCAAAUUCAUUUUCUGUCAUUUAUAUGCUGCUUGUUCAAUGUUGCAGCUUUUCUUUCUAGUUAUCGUGUUCUUGUGUAUUAUAUUAAGGAUGCUGAUGAUUAAACAGAUUUUGCAUAGUUGUAAUAAAAACACUAA